AUGGUUCACAGUCGUGACACGGAUACAGUGGAAUACCUCAAUCAACGGGUCGAAUCAUUUGACCCCGACGAGUGGGUGAUGCAGCAUCAGCACCAGCCCGGGUGGCCGCAGCCGCGCAUCCUCCCGACUCGCGCAGCCGCCGAGUUGCACAAUCCUUACGCGGGCGUCCCGUAUGCAUGGCAGCUCUCUGAAACCGUGGAUGAGUUCCUGGCGCGUCUUCCCCCAGCCACAACGGACCAGACCCUCGAGACGCCAUGGAUAUUCAUAUGCAACCCGUAUAUCCCGCGCGUGCCAAAAUCGGAGAGCUUAAACCAGACGAGCAAAGGCAACGAAGAUGAGGGUCCGGAGCAAGAAGGCUCCAGGUUCGACGUCGUCAUCGAGGGCGGCAUGGAGCGGCUUGAACUCUUGGGCACCUUUCUUCGCGGGGUUUCCAGCUUUGGCAAGCCGCCAUCCGCCACGGAGCGGGAGAAGAAUAAGGAACGAGCGCAAGCUACGCGAGACAUCUUGCAGCUUGCCCACGUCGCAAAAGUCCGCGCAGGAAAGUGGAUGCUCUUUUGUGAUGUGUUGGAGGUGAACGAGGUGUGGGACAUUGUUGCCAAAGCCACGGCAAGCAACGAGCUCGGAAUCGCAGCCAAAGUCGCACCGCGAGCCGAACAGGACGAUCGGCGGAAAGAACGCCUGAUUUGCGUGUAUACACAGGACUUUUUGGACAAGGUCGACAUUGGACGCGUCGUCAAAAGACUGAAGCAGCUAGGACUGACAGACAGCAAGACAAGACGGAUCUACUACAAGCCUGAUGUCUUUACAUAUCUGGGAAUCGCGGGCGGAAACCCAUGGGGCCUAAAGGCGUCCAUCUACAACUCGGCGGAAGAGUUUCCGUCAUCACAAGAUGUUGCGAUGACGCUAUGA